AUGAAGUUCCUUGCCGUUAUCAUUUCACUUGCAGGCCUCGCCGUCGCAGCAACGGAGAUUGCGCCGGUAAUUGUCACAGCCAAAGAGGACGGCCAAAAGGUCACUAUCGACUCGGUUGAAGCCCUCCGCAUCUUGAAAAACAGCACUCAAUUUUGCUCGGCAAACACCGUGUUUCCCGCUCCCCAUGCUGCCGCCUCUGACGGCAACUGCUGUACCAACGGUAGCUACUGUAAUGACGGCUUGUUUGAUGGAAUUGCAAGUUGGAAGAAUGCUCUUGAGGAUUGA